AUGGGCCAGAAGCGCCAGUACUUCGUCUGCAAGUGCGGGGCGUGGACGUGGGCAGACAAGGUGCACAGUAGCCCUUACUGCCAGUGCGGCAAGAAGUGGCCGGCACCUGCUCUCAAGCAGAACGGCAGCCCGCGGCCACCGAAGAGUGACUGGCACGUCCUGUACCCCGGUAGGGGUGCCCACAGCCUUGGUGAGCUCGAGCUUGGCCUUUUCCACCGCGUUCUCUGCCUCGUGGAUCUUCUCGGUUGUCUCCUGGAGCUCCUGCAGCUGAAGGCGGCGGGAGCUGGCCUUGGUGAGAUCCUUGUUGGAUUGCAUGGCCUUUUCCCCCGGAGACGGCUCCGGACCAGUGGUUGCCUCCACCAGUGCCGUGCGGAUGUCCUCCGGCAGGUCAUCCUGGCGCUGUACCAACAGGCUCAGGAGAGGGUCGGUCUGGGACUCGACCGCAUCGACAAGAAAGAAAGGCGCGAGGAGGAACGCCGCUUGAAGCGCGCCGUCACGACAAUCUGGGACCAAAUCCCGGAGGAUGCACGUGCGCGCCUCACACAAGCGGGAUGGAAAGGACCUCCCAAGCAAAAGGAUGCGGUCGAGUCCCAGACCGACCCUCUCCUGAGCCUGUUGGUACAGCGCCAGGAUGACCUGCCGGAGGACAUCCGCACGGCACUGGUGGAGGCAACCACUGGUCCGGAGCCGUCUCCGGGGGAAAAGGCCAUGCAAUCCAACAAGAAUCUCACCAAGGCCAGCUCCCGCCUCCGAGUGCUGAUCCACAAGAAGAUCAAGCUACUCGAGAGCAUAGAGGAGGCGAAGGAAUCCCUCCGCCUUCAGCUGCAGGAGCUCCAGGAGACAACCGAGAAGAUCCACGAGGCAGAGAACGCGGUGGAAAAAGCCAAGCUCGAGCUCACCAAGGCUGUGGGCACCCCUACCGGGGUACAGGACGUGCCAGUCACUCCUGAGCCAAUGGAUGUGGACGAACUGGUCACCAUCCUUGGCCUGACCCUUUCUGACGAGCAGCAGGAGAAGCUGGCCGAAUACCGCGCCAAAACCCACAAAAGGCAGAGGCCUUCCGAGGUUGGCGCGCCUCCGGGGCUGCCUGCUUUCCACCUUGGCUUGCAAGGCACGCAGCCGACAACCUACAGGGCGUCAACCCCUGCCGGCCGCACCCGCCGGCCCGGCCGGUCAGUCCAAGGGGGCUGA